AUGCUCGCAGUGAGGCUUCUUCUGUCAUUAUUGGUGUUCUACAACACUGCUUCCGCGCUGAGCACGACUACAAUCGCCACGACCUUUAUUACCACGUCAUAUUUAUGCGCACAAUGCUCUACAGAAAGCUCUUUAUCCAGCAGUGCUGGUGUAAGUACAACGUCUAGUGCCGCCUCCGGCGGUUCUAGCUCAAUUACCAAUUCUGUGCCAACAAGCACUAUUGAAACCACCACUGUUUCUACUUCUUUCGGGUGUCCCACUUGCAACACCAGUGUUCGUACAUUUUCAGUGCCUGAUAGCACAACACCAUCGAGCUCCACCUCUAGAACUUCUUUUUCACCUACCUCUACGACCGAAACCGAGACGUCUUGCCCUGGUCCAUGCACCUUGUCGAGCUCUAGUGUGCCAGCUUUGUCAUCGAGCUCCAGUAUGUCAACAUCGUCAUCAAGUUCGAGCGUGUCAACUUCGUCAUUGAGCUCCAGUGCGUCAACUUCGUCAUCAAGCUCCAGUGUUUCGACUUCAUCAUCAAGCUCCUCGUCAUCAAGCUCUAGUGUCUCGACCUCUUCAUUAAGCUCCAGCGUAUUGACCUCUUCAUCAAGCUCUCGUGUGUUGAUCUCCUCAUCAAGCUCUCGUGUGUUGACCACAUCAUCGAGCUCACUAGCGGCGAGCUCUGAAGCUAGCUCCACCGUGUCGACAUUUUCACCAUUUACGACGACUGAAACCGAGACGUCUUGUCCCGGUCCAUGUACCCCGUCAAGCUCUACAUCUAGCACUGUGUCAAAAUCGAGCACCGUGACUAGUUCUAGCAGUACUUUGAGCAGUACUUUGACUACUUCUUCGAGCAGUGCUUUGAGCACUUCUUCGAGCAGUACUUUGAGCAGCACUUUGAGCACUUCUUCGAGCAGCACUUUGAGCAGCACUUUGAGCAGCACUUUGAGCAGCGUCAUUCCCAGUAGCAGCACCACAAGGCCUCUGACGUCGAGCAUUACUACUCCAGCGCCUAGUACCUCAAGGUCUAGUAUCCCAACAUCCAGCACGUCUGAAUCAAGCAUUCCAAGCACCAAUUUGAGCCUCAGUACUACAAGGUCAGGAUCUAGCACUGAAAGUUCGGUCGCAAGCUCUAGUGCCACGAGCUCGAGUACGAGCCCAAGCAGCACUUCGACCCCAGCGUCCAGUUCAAGCACUACAAACUCAAAACCAAGCUCUAGCAGUACAGUUUCAAUUUCUAGCUCCAGUGCUACGAGCUCCACGCCAAGCUCCAGUGCCACAAUUUCAACGUCUAGCUUGAGCACUGCAAUUUCAACUUCUAGCUCCAGUACUGUGACUACAACUUCUAGCUCCGGUAGUGUGACUACAACAUCUAGCUCCAGUAUAACGAGCCCAGAUUCAAGCUCAAGCAGUGCGACUUCAACGUCUAGCUCCAGCAGUGCAGUUUCAACGCCAAGCUCAAGCACUGCAAGCCUAGCAUCAAGCUCCAGCACGACAAGCACGACAAGCACGACAAGCACGACAAGCACGACAAGCACGACAAGCACGACAAGCACGACAAGCACGACAAGCACGACAAGCACGACAAGCACGACAAGCACGACAAGCACGACAAGCACGACAAGCACGACAAGCUCAACUCCAAGCUCAACUCCAAGCUCAACUCCAAGCUCAACUCCAAGCUCAACUCCAAGCUCAAGUACCACAAGUCCAGCGUCAAGCUCAAGCAGCACUACAACCCUAGCUUCCACCUUCAGCACCACUAGUCCAGGGUCAAACUCUAGCACUACAAGCCUAACCACCACGAGCCCAGCUUCAAGUUCAAGCAGUGCAAUUUCGAGUUUCAGCUCUAGCACAACGAGCUUGACGCCAAGCUCAACUCCACGCUCAGGUAGUGUGGUUUCAUCGUCAAGCUCCGGCAGUACAACUUCGAGCUCUAGCACAAGCACAACAAGCUCAACUCUAAGCUCUAGCAGUGCAGUUUCAAUGUCAAGCUCUAGCAGUGCAGUUUCAACUUUCAGUCCCAGCCCUACAGCCCCAACGCCGGACUCAAGCACAAUUCCACUUUCCACCACUCAAAAUUCCUCUGAAUCAAGCACCACAACCCCCGGCUCAAGUCCAGGCUCAAUGCCCGCUACCAGCAGUCCCCUUAUCGAGGCCAGAUCUACCACUUCAAGCUUCACUAUUACAAGCUUUGCUACGAUCCCAACUACUCCCAACUCUGCAAGCAUUUCCAGUAGCUCAAGCUGCAAUUGUUCAGAUUCCUCGACCUCGAUUCUCAGCUCAACAACUACACUACAAACUCCUGCCACCACCUCUCUCACAUCCUUUUCCAUCAUCACGGUUGCUCCAAAGGCCUUCACGACCUCGUCUUCCCUUCCCACGGUGCUAUAUUCUGGAGCUGCCCACGGUGUCAGCGUACCCGCUAUUUUUAGACUGGUGGUGCUAUUACUAUGA